CUUCCCGCCCCAGGACUACCUUUCCCGUCAGGCCGCGGGGUUUCCCAAUCCCUCUCCUCGCAGCCUUUCUCCCACCCCACCCCCUGCCCCCCCUCGCCACUUUUGGCGGAGACAUUUGCGAAGCGAGUCUCUCCAAGAUGGCGGCCUGGGGAAGGAGGCGCGCGGGGCCCAGCAGCUCCAGCGGAGGCGGCAGGGAGAGGGUCGCCUUGUCUGCCACAGACUGUUACAUAGUUCAUGAAAUCUACAAUGGGGAGAAUGCUCAGGACCAGUUUGAAUAUGAGCUGGAACAGGCCUUGGAGGCCCAGUACAAAUACAUCGUGAUUGAGCCCACGCGCAUUGGGGACGAGACAGCCCGCUGGAUCACUGUCGGGAACUGCCUCCACAAGACAGCUGUGCUGGCAGGCACUGCCUGCCUCUUCACCCCCCUGGUCCUUCCCAUAGAUUAUUCCCACUACAUCUCCUUGCCUGCUGGCGUGUUGAGCAUAGCCUGCUGCACCCUCUAUGGGAUCUCCUGGCAAUUUGACCCCUGCUGCAAAUAUCAAGUGGAGUAUAAUGCCUAUAAACUUUCUCGCCUGCCCCUGCAUACACUCACCUCCUCCACUCCUGUGGUUCUGGUGAGGAAGGAUGACCUACACAGAAAGAGACUGCAUAACACGAUAGCCCUCGCUGCCCUGGUGUACUGUGUAAAGAAGAUUUAUGAACUCUAUGCUGUAUGAUUUUGUAGCGUGGGAAAGGAGGAACCAACAAAAGACACACAAGCGUAUUAAAAAAAAAGACUCCCACAGUUAACAUUUGAUUUUUCUCCCCCCUCGAAGUGGUGGGCACCUGGGGAAGCAGUUUGGUUUAACCUAAUUGUUAUCUUUCAAAAAACAAAAAUAACAUGCCACUGAUUGGUGCAGCAAAGGAAAUGUUCAGUCAUUUCUUAUGCCCUGGAUGUGAAUCUGCAGUGAAAUGGGACACUGGGAGCCGAAGGUGAUAAUGGAAUGUCAAUGAACAGAAAUGAUGCACAGGAAGGGGCAGGGGGAGUUGCGGGCUUUUCUUUCCUUUUUUUGAGAAAACCUUUAAGUAUAUUGUUUAAUUGUAUUCUACAGAACCAGCUCGGAAGUUCACUGACCAUUCAUUAAAGGAUGAGAAUUUCAAAAAGUU